AUGUCUGCUCCCCGCAAGUCUCGCCUUCACUCUUUUCCGCCAUCUUGCCUUCCCCCUAUGCUCCCCUCCGGCUCCACCUUUUUACCCGCAUGGUGGGCGCAGACGGACAACUACAGCAACCCCUACCGCCGCCGCUCCGCCCACCCGCAGCACUACCCGCAGCAGGGGGAAGCCGGAGGGCGCGCGCAGGGGUACGGGCGCGGAAGCAGCGCGGGCAAGGGCGGGAAACGAUCCGCGCUAGAUGACGUGUUAGUGGACCUAUCGAGCCAGCUGCAGGGGUCGCAGGGGGUGGGCGCGGAGGGGAGUGUGGCGGAGGGGGAGGGGGAAUGGGAGGAGGGCGCGGGGGAGAUGCCUGGGCCGUGGUUCUGGCCGUCGUGGUGCCCCUGCCCGCGCGUGCGCAACCCCAUCCUCGUGUACCGCCUAGCAGCCAUGUUGCUAGUGGCAGUGAUCAUCUUCCUCCUCACCUUCUUCACAUGGCUCCUCACCAGCUCCUACUACAACAACUCAGUACAGACGCUGACGAUGAACUACCGCAAGCAGCUGCUGAUGCGCACGCAGGAGCGCGUGGGGAGCAUCGUGGAGGGCACUCGCAACGUGUCGCUCACGUACGCUGCCGUGCUGCAGGCUGGCCUGGAGGCGCAGGAGAAGGCGCAUGGCACGGCGCAUGAGGGGCAUGUGGACAUUGACUGGAGCCUAGUCAACACUACGGUGCGGGAGAUGACGUGGGCGGUGUACGCAUCAAACGAGGCGCGGGUGUCGUCGGUGUUCUUUGGGUCGGUGAACGGGCUCUUCAUGAGCUACGCCUCCACCGCCCAGCAGCGCUUCUGCAUCUACAGCUCCCACCCCCAUGAGCACGUCUCGCUCACCAAGGCUCAGAACUUCACCUCGCAGCCUGUGAUUGGCCCAACAGCGCUGUCUCUGAGCAACACCACGCACAGUCUGAACGGCACUGCGGUCACGGACGUGUGGCCGCUCUCACCCCCUCCCUCUCACCAGGUGGAGUGGGCGGUGGCGCAAGUAACCAACGACACCCCGCCCAUGAUCUUUGCUUUCGCCACCGUCGCUCCCAGCACCCUGCUGCUCGCCCCCAUCUCCCCCUCCACGCCUCCCCCGGGGGCCACCGCCCCCAUAGGGGGAGUGCUGCGGCAGGGGGGGGAGACAGGGCAGGCGGGGGAAGGGGGGAAUGGGGAGGAGGCGGCACCUGGGGUGGGUUCGCUGGGGUAUGCGGGGAUAGCGGGCGUGGCUCAGCCUCUGGAGGGCGUUCAUCGGUUCAUAGAGCAGCUGGACUUGCUCAAUGGGCUGCUCUAUGUUGUGUGGCUGAACGGCAGCGAUGCACGGGUGAUUGCCUCAUCGGCCACCAACAGCACCCUCUACACCAGCCCCACGCUCUCCAACAACGCUCUCCUCGCCAUGGCCGCGCGCUUCCUGGAAGCGUCCUUCUCCAUGCAGGACCUGCUGCGCGCGUGCACGUUUUCGGACCGCGUCAGCGGCAAUCCCGAGGCCCCGGACAGCCAGUACUAUGUUGACAGCUGUCCGCUCUCCUCGCCCCUCUUUGAUGACCUUCAGCUGGUGGUGGUGGCGGUGAUCCCGCGCAGCAGCAUCAUGGGGGCCAUAGAGACGGGCAGCACGGUGACGGUGUGGUCGUGCUUUGCCAUGUCUCUGGGCCUGCUGCUCGCCGGCUGCCUGCUCAUCCUCAAGAUGACCUCGCGCAUCAACGUCGAGUGGGAACUCAAGCAGGAGCUCAUUCGGCAACUAACAGCCAAGGAUCAGGCGGAGAAGUCGAGCAACUUCAAGAGCCAGUUCCUCGCCAACAUGAGUCACGAGCUGCGCACGCCCAUAGCGGGCAUCAUAGGCCUCUUGGACCUGCUAUCAUGCGAGGCGCUCUCGGAGGAGCAGGAGGUCAUGGUGGCUCAGAUCCGCCGCUGCGCCGGGGGGCUGCUCGCCCUCGUCAACAACGUGCUCGAUAUCAGCCAUGUGGAGUCGGGCGUGUUGGAGCUGGCAGUGGCGCCGUUCCACAUACUGGAGGAGCUAGAGGCCCUCGUGGAUCUCUUCUCAGUGCACUGCAUCCCCCACGACAUUGACAUUGCUCUAGACGUCUCCGACGACUUCCCCCUGAUGGUGAUAGGCGAUGCAGGGCGGUUCCGGCAGGUGCUCACGAACCUGCUGGCGAAUUCGGUGAAGUUCACAGUGAAGGGGCACAUUGUGGUGCGCGCGUGGGUGGAGAGCAAGCAGAAGAACGAGGGAGCAAGUGAGGGAGACAGUGAGAAUCCACCUUUCCUCCCUCUUCCACUCCAAACCUCCACUCUCUCUCCUCCUCCACUCCCUCCCCACUCCCUCCCCACUCCCUCCCCACUCCCUCCCCACUCCCUCCCCACUCUCCCCCACUCCCCCUCUUCCCCCCAGCCCCUAGCAGAGGACCCUCUGUCGUUCUUCGGGCUAGGAUCCGCCCUCCCCUUCACCACCACCCACUCCUCCUCCACCACAGCCUCUCUCCCAGGCAACCGCCACUCCGCCGCCUCCUCUGCUGCAGCCGCCGCAGCUCCCCGCACACACCACUCCAGCACAUUCCUCCGCCCCUCCAUCUCCACCACUCCAAGCAUGCUCAACGGCCCUCCGCUUGUCCCUAUGUCCGCCCUCGCCGGCCCUCUCACCAGCAGACGGACCGAGUCUAUGGUAGGGUAUAGCUGGUCUAGCCUGCAGGUCUCGUCUAGCGGCCGGCCCUGGGGGGCAAUGGGAGGGGUUGGGAGCGGUGGGGCGCGGGGGGGCGGAGGCGGGAGGAGGAGAAGCAUAGCUGGAUCAGUGAGUGGGUUUAAGCUGGACGGUGGAGGGAUGGGGCCGGGGGCGGGAGGCGGCGCAGGGGAGGUGGAGGAGGAGGAGGUGGUGUUGGUAUUCGAAGUGGACGAUACAGGGUGUGGGAUCCCUGUAGACAAGCGGGAGCAGGUGUUUGGGAGCUUUGUUCAGGUUGAUGCGUCGUCUACACGCACGCACGGAGGGUCCGGGCUGGGGCUGUAUAUUGUGCGGGGGUUGGUGGAGCUGAUGGGAGGGGGUAUUGCGGUGGGGGAUAAGGACGAGCAGGGGACGCUGAUGCGGUUCCAUAUCCGGUUGAAGAUUCCCCCGCCCCCCCCGCCCCCCCCUCCGCUGCUGCAGCUGCCUCUGCCUGGGCUUGGGGGGCCUGUUAGCCGUCCGUUGCUCUCUCUUUCUCUCAUACACCCUUCCUCCCACCCCCCCUCUUCUUUUCCCUGCCAACCAUUCCCUUCCGGAGUGACUUUUGAGAAUUCCCUUCCAUUCCUUUCUCAAAAGUCACCCCCCCUCUUCUUUUCCCUGCCAACCAUUCCCUUCCGGAACCAUCACCUCUCCGAAUCUCUCUCUUCCCAUCUCUCCCCUCCCCCCUGCUCUCUUCUCUGCUACUAUCCCAGGUACGGCUCUGGCAUUCCGUUGAUACAAGACACGGACUCAGCCAGUGUCACAUCAGGCCUAGAGGGGGGCGUGCUGGCUGUUGCCUCUGCUCCUCCUGCUGCUCCUGCUGGCGCUCUGCUGACCAGCACCGGUGCCGCCUCUGCUGCUGCGGCAACUGGAGGGGAGAGCAGCGUAGGAGGAGGAGGAGGAGGGGGAGUGGGAGCGGGAGGGGAGGAGGGAGAGGCAGAGAGUCCGUCUGAUUGGGGUGCUGGCGGUAUGGGGGGCAGUGGGCCAGGCCGUUCCUCCUCCACCAUAGGAGGCAGCUCUGCCGUUUCGGGACUUAGCGGUUUACGCGCAUUCCUGGGCAUGUCUGGCACUCUUGCUCCUGGUAGCAACGACCUGGGUGCUGCUUGGACCGGGUUGAAUCGAGCCGGGUCAGGAAUAGGAGUAGCCGGAGGGGUGGGAGGAGGAGGCGGAGGAGGAGGAGGAGGAACAGGGCAGCAGCUGAGCGUGCCGCUUCAGAGAGUAACCCACAGUUCGCUACUAGACGGGACGCAGGAUUUGACCGGGGGAAUCGGAGGAGCAGGGGGGGGAGGAGCGGGGCAAGGAGGAGGAGUGAGAAUGAAGUGGCAUGUGCUACUUGCCAUGUCCGAAUGCCCUGGGAAAGCCGUGGCCUCUCGCUGGUUCGAAGGGCAGGGGCUUGCAGUGAAGCAGGUGCGGUCGUGGGAUAGUAUCUUCCCCAGCCUGAGCUACGUCCUGCAUGCGUCCGCCAUGCCCUCUGUUGCUUCUGGGACUGGGAGCACCCGGUCGGGGCAGGGUGGGGCGGGUGGGCGUGGGACUGCGAGUGGUGCCCCUUCCGCCAGUGCUAGUGCCGUUCAGUCUCGCACUGCCACCCCGCGAGGCGUUGCGUCUGCCGGCGCUGGAAUCUCCUCUGCUACUGGUACUGCCACGGGUGCUGCUUCUGCUUCUGCUGCUCUUGCGUUCUCUCCUGCUGCUACUGCUUCUGCUUUCCGCUCAACCUCUCCCCACAUGGCGGGGCCAGGGCUCAGUAGCAGUAGUACCGACUCCGCUCCUGCUGCCAUUCGCACCGUCUCAGCAGACAGAGCAGGACGAGCAGGGGGAGGAGGAGGGGUAGCGGUAGGAGUGGGAGGUGUAGGGGCUGGGACAGGGGUGGGCGGAGGGAUGACAAGGGGUGGUGGUGGUGGUGGUGUGGCAGGAACGGGUGUGAGUGGACCAUCAGCAGCAGCACGGCUGGCAGGGGCACAAGCCCUGCUGCAGGCGUCUCAUGUGGGCAUCAGCGGCGGCGGCGGCAGCACCGGUGCACGUGUGGCAGGGGUGCGAGCGCUGCGCUCGCUCUCCCCUCUCUCUGUCACUGUGCCAGACGCCAACGAUGGGCUUCCUGUGGAGGAGCUGUCAGGGGGGAGUGCAAGGGAGGCCACAACAACAGGGAUGGUAUCGGCACGCUUUGCUGGCCUCUCCUCCGCUGCUGCUGCUUCUGGGGGUCGCAAUGGUGGGAGUGCUAGUUCAGCUGGUGGUGGCGGUGGCAGUGGUGGUGGUGGGAGUGAGGGUGAUGGGGGUGCGAACGGGACCGGCGGCGGCUUGUCUAUGAAGUACCGUACGCGGAGUGGCAACCUUGAGAUGGUUUCGCGCUCCGCUGUUGCUGCUGGUGCUGCUUCUGCUGGCGGCGGCGUGGUGGGGGGUGGGGGAGGGGAUGGCGGAGGGGUUGCAGGCGGCCGUUUGGCAUCAGCAGCAGCAGGAGGAGGAGCAGGAGGAGGAGGGGGGGGUGCAAGAGGCGUUUUUUCUUCCUUCCUGUCUGCUAAAGCGGAGCCAAUGAUGAAAAAGAGCAGCAGCAGCGGCAGCACGGGGGGGGGGAUACUAUCCGCCCACAUGGCGGCUGCAGCUGCUGCAGCAGCAGCCACAGGAACAGCCGCAGGAGCCACAGGUCCAACCGGACCAGCAGCAGCAGCGGCGGCGGCGGCAGUGGUGGAAGUGUCUUGUAUAGCCGUGGUGGUAGACCUAAUGCUUCUGCCGUCAGGGAAGCACCUAUGCACAGCACCAGCGGAUACCAGUGGUUUGGAUCCCCUAGCUGUGGGUGCUUCCUCUGCAGGUAUGCCUGCGCUCAUGCCCUCGUUUGGGGGUAAUUUUGACGGAUUUGAGGAGGGCUAUAUGGAGGACGAGUGGGGGAGGCCAGUGGGGGGAGGUGGGGGGGGCUAUGGUGGUGCUUCUGGUGGGAGUGCUGCUGGUGGUGGCGGUGCUGGUGGUGCCAGUGCUGCUGGCGGUGGGAGGGGAGCAGGAGCAGAAGGGGCAGGUGGGGGGCAGCAGCAGCAAUACCCGCGCCAGGUUCCUCCAGAGGUGGGAAAGCUCUGUGAGGAGAUGAAGACGCUGCGAGGGAAGCGGUGCAAGGCGAAUCAGAACCUGCUGGUGGUGUGGCUGCUACCGCCUGGGGUGAACCCGGUUAUCCGGAGGUUCCUGCAGCAGCAGCCGAAUACCGUGCUGACUUCCCGGCCGCUGCACUCGUCCCGCCUUCGCAACUUGCACACGGCGUUGGUCCGGCUUGUUUCGUCGGCUUCCGGGGAGGGGGCUGUUGGUGGUGGUGAUGUCACCUCGUUCACCCGACUCGUCCCUACCACCCACACAUCCCUCGAUUUCAACAUGGAUUCAUCAGCCCUUUCCAACUCAGCAGCAGGAGUGGGAAGCUUAUCCGGGCGGCUAUCCAUCAACCGGCCCAGCUUGGGGAGUGUGUGGGAGUCGAUUAUUAACCGGGGGUUGCCGGGGGUUCCUGGGCCUGGGACUGGGGGUACUGGUGCAUUUGGUGCAGCAGCAGCAGGAGGAGGGGGAGGGGGGGCAGGGGGGUUGCUGGGGAGGGAAGGGUCGGGGCCUGCUGCGUUUCGCUCUCUCAUCACGUCUCCUGUUCAGUCCUCUUCAGGGGUCUCUGGUGGUGCUAGCAGCGCCGGUGCUGCUGCUGGCAGUGCUGCUGCUGCUGCUGCUGCUGGCGGGUUUGGGGCCUCUGCAGGAGACUCCACCUCUGCUGCUGCUGCUGCUGCUGCUGCUGGUGCUGGUGCUGGUGCUGGUGCUGGUGGGCGGGGGGGGAGUCUGUUUGACGGUGCAAGUGGGAUGGCAGUGGGACCAGCGGCGGGCAUGUGGGGGCAUUCGGCUGUCAAUCGCCCAUCCCAUCUGCCUCCUCUGCAGCGGUCUCGCUCGGAAAUGCCGCGCAUGGGGGGGCAGCUAGAGUUCUCCGCUGACCGGCCCCAAUCAGGGUCCUCUGCUGCUCUGCAUGCUGCUGCCUACGGCCUUGUACCUCCAGACUCACUUGCUUCUCUCUCUCACGGGACUGGCAGCGGCAGCGCUGGUAUGGGUGGUGGUGGCGGUGGUGGUGGUGGUAACAGUACUGGUUACCAGCGGCAGCUGCUGCUCCAGCAGCAGCAGAUGCUGUACCAGCAGCAGCAGCAGCAGACGUUUGGGUUGGGAUGGGGAGCAGGAUCAGGGGCGGCGACGUCUGGAGGAAUGGGGAGCGUUGGUCCAGGUGGCAUGAGCAUGGGAACCAUGGGGACCAUGGGGGGAAUGGGGGGCGGAGUGGGGGGGAUGGGUCGCAACAGGCUGCUGCCCCUCCCCGCGCCUGCGCACCACUCGCCCUUGCACGUGUCUCGGAAGGGAGGGGGGGGCCUCCGCCCCAUGCAUUCUCUACCUGCUGGGAUCUCCUUGUCCGCCCUUACAGAGGGGGCGGGAGAGGGGGGAGCAGCAUGGGGUGGUGGGAUCACUGGUGGUGGGGGAGGAGGUGGAGGAGUAAGAGGAGGAGGGGCAGGAGAAGGGAGAGGAGGGAAGGGUGGCCGUGGGCCGGGUGGGCUGGUGGGGGGGAGAGGGGCGGAUACUAGGAGAGGGCAAGGGGAGGGUGGUGGAGGAGGAGGGGGAGGAAAAGCAGGAGGAGGAGCAGGAGCAGGAGGGAUUGAUGGAGCACCUGUUUCUGGUCCCUCGCUCUCCGGUGCUGCUUCUGGUGCUGGUGCUGCUGCUGCUGCUUCUGCUGUUGCUCCAACUGCUGCUGGUGAUGCUGCAUCCGAUGCUUCACCUCCUCACGUGCACCUCAGUUGUCCCUCCCUCUCCUUCUCCUCCCUCCACACUUCCUCGCCCUCCUUCUCCCCCAUCUCUGACGUGCCGUCUGCUGCCAGUACUGCUACCUUCAACCCUGGGAUACGCAGCACAGCAGACGAUGCACCAUCUGCUUCUGCUGCUGCUGCUGCUGCUGCUGCUGCUAGUGGUGGUGGUGGUGGUGUUGCUGCUGCUAAGCCUCCUACCACAGGAACGGGUUUGUUUGGAACAGCAGAUGCAGCAUCAACAGGAGGAGGAGCAGGAGGAGCAGGAGGGGAAGGAGGGGGGGGAUCGGCAGUAAGGCUACGUAGCCAGCGGUCUAUCACACUAGGCUCUGCUCCUGCUCCCCCUGCGCUCAUCCUCUCCCCCACACCCUCCCUCACCUCCCCCACGUUCGCCGACCCGCUCUCUCCUCAACUUGGGUCCUCCUGGAACCAUCCCAGCGUCUCACCCACCCCUCCCUCACACACUCCCCCUCCUGCUGCUGCCGCCGCUGCUCCGGAACCUUCCAAACACCCGCAUUCCCCGCCCUCCACCACCACCACCACCACCACCGCUGCUGCUGCUGCUGCUGCUGCUGCUGCUGCUGCAGCAGCAGCAGCUGCUGCGGUGGACACCCUUCAGAAAUCCCCGAGCGUGCCCCCCAUCACACCGCAAGCUGACGCCUUCCCACCAGCAGGCACUCCUACUCUAGACACCCCGCAAAAGUCCCCCAUUCCCCCGUCGAUUCCGCGCAAGGGGAGCCAUAAGGACCUUGCUUCCCUUCUCUCCUCCUUGGGAGGUAGCAGCAGUGGCGGCAGCAGCAGUAGGAGCAUGUCACGGAAAGGCAGUGGGAAGGAUUCGAGGGACGGGGGUGGGGAGGGCGGUCAGGGUGGGUGGAGUAGUGGGAGUGGCGGGAGCAGUGGGAGGAGUAUGGUGAGGAAGGGGAGUGGCAGGGAGAGUAGGGAUGGAGGGGAGGAUGGUGCGAACGAGGGUGGUGGAAGGAGCAGGUUUGGGCUUGGUCGGAAGGGCAGCGCGAAGGAUCUACUGGGUAUGGUGGGAGGGGGGAGGAGUAGUAGUACCAAAGGCGAAUCAGCAUCCUCUGCAGCAGCAGCAGCAGCAGCAUCAGCAGCAGCAUCGGCGCUGGUACAAACACCAACAUCAUCCCUGGCCUCUCCAGCAGGUUCCUUCACCCCCACUGCAACUACUCCAUCCGGAGGAGGAGGAGCAGGAGGGGCUGAAAGCACCACCCCCACCGCCACCAGCACAAGCACCACCAGCAGCACCGGCACCCCGACCAGCAGCAGCACGCCAGGGAAACUCGACAAGUCGCAGCCUCUAGCCGGUUACCACGUGUUACUGGUAGAAGACACGGCUAUUCUACAGAAGCUGGCUCAGUCGCUGCUGAAGAAGCUGGGAGCAGAGGUGAUGGUGGUGGCUGAUGGGCAGCAGGCUGUUGAUGCGGUUACCAGCAGCUGGAUUGCUGAAGACGCCCGGCUUGCUGCUGCUGCUGCGAGUGGUGGAGCGGGGAGAGGAGGUGGAGAGGGGGAGAGAGGGGAGGGGGAUGGGGAGGGUAGGCGGCCGAGGAGCAGAGGCGGGUGGGAUGGGAGUGGUGGGAGUGGUGGUGGGGGGGCGGAUUUAGCAGCAGGAGGAGGGGGAGCGCGUGGAGGGCAGAGGGGCGUCGGCAGGGCAGCGAGAGGAAGUAGUAGCGGUGGAGAGGCGUUUGACGUGGUGCUUAUGGACUGUCAGAUGCCUGUGAUGGAUGGCUACACUGCCACCCGCACGAUCCGGGCGGCAGAGGCCAGGAACGGGCGGCAUACAAUCAUUUGUGCUCUCACUGCGCACGCGUUAGCCAGUGACGAGGCCAAGUGCAGGCAGUGCGGUAUGGAUGGAUACCUCACCAAGCCAAUAAACAUACGGCUGCUAGUGGAGACAAUCCACAAGCUCACCCGCAAGAAGAGCAUUCUUGCUCGCCCACCCUCCUCGGGAGGAGGUGGAGGCGGAGGUGCACAGUAG